AUGGUAGCCUCUCUGACAAUCUUCAUCAACCAGAUCGGCUGGACUCUUUGGAACAUUUCACUCGGAGCUCUACUGGCUGGCUCAAAGAUGGUAUUGUACGACGGCAGCCCGUUCUUUCCCAGCGCUGAGGGCUUUUUGAAGGCCCUCUUCUCUCACAAGGUGACAUCCUUUGGCGCUGGCCCGAGAUACUUUUCAGAACUGCAGAAACUCGGCUUAACACCCAGAUCCUUCACUUCUCACCUCCACACGGUCAUAUCAACCGGCGCCCUCCUCCCGGUUCCCCUUGCAGAAUGGCUGGUCGAAGCCUUCGGUCCGAUCUGUCAGAUCAACAUGUCCGGGGGUACUGAACUCUGCGGAUCUUUUGUUAACGGCACCCCUGCCUUGCCAUCGUAUCCGGGUCAAUGCUCAACUAAAGCCCUGGGAUGCGACGUUGCAGUUUUCGGGCCCGAUGGAACGGAAGUGGAAGAUGGACAGAGCGGAGAGUUGGUCUGUCGCCGACCGUUUCCUAAUAUGCCAGUCAUGCUCUUGAAAGAUCCUGGCCGGAAGAGAUACUUCGACGCUUAUUUUGCGGGAUACCCUCAUGUUUGGACCCACGGUGAUUUUGCAAAGGUCGAUCCUGAGACUGGAGGCAUUUACAUCCUUGGACGAUCCGACGGCGUGCUGAAUCCUUCCGGCGUACGCUUUGGCAGCUCCGACAUCUACAACAUCCUCCUCACGCCUCGAUUCUUGCCGUCCAUCUCCGACGCAUGUGUCGUCGGCCAACAGAGAAGCCUCGCCCCAUACUUUGACUCUGUCGAACGCGUGGUGCUCUUCGUCAAGUGCACACCGUCGUACCAGCAUUGCACACAUCAUCCCUGGAUCCUGGAUCCCGACCUAGAACACGCGAUCCGGGCGCAGAUAUCGCGGGAUCUCAGCAGGAGACAUGUUCCGACCUUCAUCUUCCGGGUCCCCGAGGUGCCGUACAAUGCGAAUGGCAAGAAAUUGGAGAUCCAGGUCAAGGCUAUAGUGUCUGGUGGAAGGGAUGCUUUUGAAAAACUCAAGGCGACAGAGGAGGAGCGCAAGACGUUGGCUUGGUUUUUGCCCUUCUAUCACAUUGAGGAUGUGGUGAAAGGGACUGAAAGACCGGUGGUGAAGUUAUAG